CCAUCCCACAACUCAACCCACACAGCUCCCCCACAUCGACACACAGCACAGCACAGCACAGCACAAACCAUGUCUGACAAGAAGGGCCACUACUCUCAACUCCCUACAUCGGACGAGCACGAGCAGGACCAACCGCACCAGCAGCAACAGCCAAGCGUCCUCAGUCAGGCCUAUCAACCACCUCCAUACACCCCCUCCACUGCCCCCUCUUCGCCCUACAUCGAGCCAAACCAGGCUACAGGCGCAUCUGGACCUUCCUCUGGUCUCUACCCGCAAAUCUACAGCCCCUCUGUCCCUCAGCAACCCUACCAGCCCACUUACCAGCACCCCAAGUUUAAUGACACCUCCAAACCACCACCACUCCUCGCUCCACCUCAUCAGCUACAACAGCAGCAGGCCAGCUGCACGGCCGCGCCUCUGGUCCUGAUGAAGCCUCCUUGUAGAGUCGAGGAUCUGAAAGCCCGGCCAGGUGUUGUUGUCUGUCAGCACUGUCAUCACUUGGUCUUGACCGAGAUCACUCCUGAGAAUGGAUCAUGCACGUAUCUCGGUAUUCUCGGACUUUUGAUUGCUGGAAUCACAACAUGUGGAUGCUGCCUUUUGCCGCUGUGUAUAACAUCGUGCAAGGAUAUGAUGCACUCAUGUCCAAACUGCCAUGAGGACAUUGGAUUGUAUUCCAGGAUCAAGGAGAGGACCUUCCCGGCCCGUCACAGCUAAGACAAGCUACCCCUCCCCCUUCCCCAAUUCUCAACUGCCUGCUCGAACUUGUUUCUAUACAUAAUUAGUCCAUAUCCAGUCCACUCGCCUGUACAAUAAAAGUAAUGAUACGUUGACAUGAAACAGCUGAUUGCAGCUCAAAAGACUGUGUGGGGGACCGAUGGAGGAGAUGAAUGAAAGAAGUAACUGAAUGAGAUGCAGUUUGUUUUAAUCUGCAAUUUAGAAAGGAUACUAAAAAAGAGUUUUUAUCUCAAAAAGAUCUAAAUCUGGGAGGGGGGAGGGAAUCGGGCCUCCCCACGCAAACGUAUUGCCAACGACCGUACACAUUCGAUGGAACUGAUCGGCUGGUAGGGAAAGAACUUGAGGAUCGGAAUUGAUCGUCCGCGACCAACAAAACUCCUCACUGCCCAGUUUUUUCACUUUUGCAACAUGGGUAUUUACUGGGCGGCAACG